AAAACAUUUCAUCUUUCUGCAAACCUUCUUCUGCCAUCUCAACAGGCCCUCAAACUUGAAACUUUAAUUUUUUCCUCUUCCGUUCUGUCGUUUACUCUCGUAAUUUCAGCAUGCGCUUCCUUUCCCUGACCCCAUUCUUCGCUCUGCCGGCUUUGCUGGUCGCAGCUCGUCAGCCAAAUGACGUACCGCCCGAUCCGUCAUACUACGAUGCACCAUCCGCCAUAAACCAUGGCCACGAAGCUACCCUCGAUGCGCAAAAGGUGCAGCAAGAUCCAUGGGGGAAUGGACCGUUGGUGAAGCGAUGGCAACAAUGGGUUCGGCGACAAGAUACGGAAUCCUCGGAUGACGACAAAACGACGGAGACAAAAUCGGAGACACAAAAGACCGAAGAGACCACGCAAGACGAGCCGACCACGACGGAAGAAAAGACUACUACAACCGAGGAUAAACCCACGACGACCGAUGAGCCUACUUCCACGACCGAAGAGUCUACAACACAAGAAACAACUACCCAACAAUCCUCAUCCACCGUCGAAUCAACCUCGACCGAAUCCUCCGCCUCCUCCACCUCCACAUCAAGCAGCAGCAUAACCGCCACCGAGCCCGGCGCAUCCUGCUACAGCACAACCGUCUCAACCAGCGUAGUCUGCUCCAUAACGACCGACGGCCGCACCGAAAGCGCAUCAUGCAUCACCAACCGCAUGACAUCCAGCACCUGCUCCCCCGGCCUCUUCUGCACGAUCCACCCCGACUCGGGCGCCACAGUCUGCAUGGAGCAGCACAACGAGAUCGGAACAGAGGGUAUCGUCGUAGCGACGUUUUUUGGGGCGUGUAUUGCGGGGUGCAUGGCGGUUCUGGUGGGGAUGUGUUUGAGGGAUAAGAAGAGGGAGAAGAAGUGGCAGAGUAUUCAGCGCGUGAGGACGCUGAAGCAGGCGAAGAGGGAGGAGAGGACGAAUUUGAUGGCUGGUGCGACGCCUCCGAAUGUUAUAUGAAGAUGGGGUUAUGUUUAGUGUUACUUCAUACCUGUAGUUCAGGGAUUUGAUCUUCAACGCAAAGGUUACAAGAAUGUUUUCGGGUGUUUGUUCUGGUUGUAUGAUGUACUACGUAACUUUUGAAGAAACGACUCUAUAUAUGUGAGUCUAUCUCCCACCAUAACGAAGGCCACUCUUCAUAAUAUCUGCGAUACGAAGCUGGUGCACCUACUCCUGGACCAGUUCCUCUGGCUUCUGCCCAGUAACAACAAACCUACAUAAAAAUUCCUCUCGAUAUUAGCAAGCGUCCAGAGUCCAAUCUCCUUAAACUUUGGAUCCUUGGGCCAAGUGUUAGUAGGCCAUUUAAACGCCUUUCUCGUAACGUUGACGAAGCCAGCUUCUUUAAGACGCUUUUCGUGGUUGACGCCUUCGUCAAAGGGACGGCCGAGAGCCAGGGCGCCUUUGGCGGUUAGUUCGUCCCAGCGGUGAAGGGGGGAGUCGGGUUUGAGGGAGCCGUCUUCGGAUUUGGCGGGGAAUACGGGGUCGAUGACUUCGAGCCAGCCUCCGGGUUCCAAGUUGCUAGUUGCUGUUAGUGACGAGCUGAGAAGUUGGGGUUGGAGUGGCAUACUCGUAGCAUUGUCGGAUUAGUUUGUCCCAGUCUGCUAUGCUACCGACCAUGAGUCGAACAAAGAUGUAGUCGAAGGGCUUAGUCCACGUCCAUUCCUUCUCCGCGUCGUCGAUCUCAAAAGUACAGUUGGGAGGGACGCUGGAUAAUCAUCAGCUAAUCUUCCAAUUUCUCGAGAUUGCAUACUUACAAAUCUGGCUGGAUAGGAGCAAUAUCGAUGCCAAAAACCUGACUCAUUCAAUUAUUUCCACGACCAAAAUUAGAACGACCACCUUACCUCGGCAUGGGGAUGUUCAUCAGCUGCAAUGUCAAGGUCAGCUCAGGUAACUCGUCCAGUCAGUAAUUCUCAUACCAAACUCGACAGCCCAAAUUCCCGUGCCGGUUCCAACAUCAAGGACUCUCUUUGCUGUGUCGGCAUUGGGCGAGAAAUAUCUCUUGCCGCCGAAUGUCAAGAGGAGUUGGUGGUUCUGGAGAUCUGUUGCGUAGUCAGCUUCGGGCUUCUAGUAGGACGCUGGAAGAAUUUGCCUAGGCGCUCCGAUUCAUUCUGGGAGCAUGUUAGUAAAAACCCGGUAGCAAAAACAACACAGGGCUAUACUUGAUCGCUAGGGAGCCAAUAUUCUAUGGAUGCCAAUUAGCAUAAGAUACGCCAAGUAGCUGGUACUUACUCACUCUCAUCUUUAUGA